AUGCAGAAUUUAUGGUCCCGUACUGUUUCGAAGCAGUCGUCCUGCCGCUGUGUCGGGUGUUUGAGCACUACUGCCAACGGCGUUACUUCGCGGGCAGCAACCGCCAGUAAGAGACGACUUCGAAUUGGAAACUCCGUUACUGCACUUUACGGCAGUAUCUUCGCCGCCGCCGCUAUUGCCGAUGCAAGCGUGAAGGAUCGCCGACGACAUGACUGGGACGAAAAGAUUGCCGCGGUGAAGGCUGAAGUGAGUGAGCUGGUGGACGAAGAACAGCGCAUCUUGGCGUCAUUGCAAUCAAGAAGAGAGGAGCGAGGACUCAAUCGCCUAAUACAAGGAAGGGGAUUCGGCACUAUUGCUCGCUUCCCUCCCGGAAUUCAAUCCCCAACCAGCUUCAACCGAAUAAGGGCCUUCCACACAGAAAGAACACGGUUCAACGCGGUCGGGGCUCGGAUGGUGGAAAAUCAGCCCGCUGAGGAGGACGAACACACAAUUGACGAGCAGGAUGAAAGCGAGAUCUUCCUUCCGCAGGAGACAUUACCUAGCUGGGUCUUGGAGGAUGAUCUUCGUCUCAAGGCCAUUCAGAAACUUGCCCUACGGCAGUUCGCUAUCCGGAUAUUGUUACGACCGGCCAUCGCGCACCGUUACUCGGGCGUUUCAAUGAACUACGCGGCAGAUUUCGAGACUCCCCAAGUGAACGUCUCACAACUUCUAGAGGAGCUGAAUCAUCUUCGCAAUCGAAUGAACACCUUGAAAACGAACAGACACGCCACAUACAGCGAUAUCACGCAGGACUAUGCCGCAAGUCAAUUGGGCGAGAUGCAAAGAGAGCGUGAGACCCUCGAUGCCGAACUCACCAACGACAUUCAAGCCUACACGAGUCAGCAGAUGUCUCUCCAGGAACUGCUUAUGCGGGUAUCCAACAACAUCUUGAGCUCCAGGGAUCCGGAUCGACCAACAGCUUUCCGGCUCAUGAUCAUGGCCUUUGGCCAGACACGCCAGAAUGACCUGGUAGAAUUGCUUCUUCGGACAUUAUUGCCGAACCGGUUCUUCCUCAACCCUUCGCUUGUUAUCACAAUCAUCACCUUUUUCAGGAAAUCGAAAAAUCUCAAGGACUUCGAUUUGUUCUUGAAAAUGCUUGGUGGUGAAGGUUACUCCGUCAACUUGGGGAGCAGGGGAGCUUAUAAGCACCGAACAGUCAAUGGUAUAGACCUCAUCGUUCCAUCUCUGAACAGUAGCAAUCCAGUCAUCUAUGCCGCCUUAAUAGGCGCCGCAUUACGCUUCGACCAACCCGACAGAGCCGACGCUUGGCUUCAAGCUGCACGGGGUGGAGGUUUCUUUGAUAGUUGGGAAACCCUGUUCACAUAUUUACGGUUCUACAGCCUCCGACGGGACUGGGACAAGGGUGUCAAUGUUUUGAAACGAGCAGUCACCUAUCUCUUGUCAUCAACGGAUCACCGUGUCGAUUCAGUCGAGAGGUUGCUUGGGCGAAUGGUCGGCCUCUGUGACUCCUGUGACCGUUUAGAUGCAUCGGAUGUAUUGGUGCGAGCCGCCGUGCACAGUGGCUUUGAUCCAAGGCUCUUAUCACGACAGUCGGACUCAGGACCGUUCGUCCAUGCCGAUCCCAAGCGGUGGUCUAAGGCCGCCAAGCAAACACCAAAGGAGAAUAUUGACCGCCCCUUGUGGCAAAAAUGCUACGACUUUGGAAACACUUUUGGGGAGUAUCUGAGCCAAAUUGAGGUGCCCGCAGACAGUACCUGCAACGGCAAACUGUCCGACCAGCAUGCAGAUAAUGCUCUUUUUACUGCCCUUGGGCGUGGCCGAGCGCCUGGCUCCGGCAAGGGACAAACAGCUGCUGGCAAUACAGUAAACGAGGACAUUUCCACGCUCAAGGGCGAGGUUGCCCAACUCCGUGAACUUAUUUAUGAGCUUCGCAAACACCACAUCUCAGAUCCCUCCACGAAAGACCCCCACAAUCCGCUCACCGAACAAACCCUCUCUCCACCAUCCGAAACUAUUACACCUCUCAAAAACUCGCAACCUCUAACCCCCCAACCAAGUCGCAAUUUCACUAGAACUUCCACUAGGAUAAGCCUUGCCAGAUCUAUGUCAUCUUCAUCUCAGCGCAAACCAAACAAGCGAAACAAGCGGCGAGAAACCAGCGCAGAUCAAUCAUCAAUGGCAAGCACAGCUCCUGUUGCUGAGUCCGCAGUAUUUGCCAGCUGA